GCGUAGGAAAGUAACCGAUUUCGUGACUUACACAUCGAAGAAUUCUAAGGCAGAAUGGAUAUUUCGAAAGACGAAGCUACACCAGCUACAUUUUUAAAGCAACGAGUGUACUACGAUUCGUCCGAAGACGAUAGCGAUGAAUCUUACGAGUUUUUGGAUUUUUCACCAGACUCGUUACAACCUGACGGUAGCGAUUCUAAUAACCCCGCAUUAGCUUCAACUAAAUCUACUGAUAAACCAGUCGAUUCGAAAAGCGCAAAGGCGACUCAAACUUUGACGAUGGAGACGCAGAGCAUCGGUACCGAAACCGAAUGGGUAUCCACGUGCGCCGAGACUCAAACCGAGCUGGAUUCUUCAAAACAGAGCAGCACUGCCGGCGAACUGCAAAAUGCCGCAAACGCUCCUGUUAAUGACAAACCUCUAACUCGACAAUUAAGUUCGCUAGAGCUCCUCGAGUACUACGCGAAAUUAUUGAAAAAACGAUGUCCUGCAACAAUUGAAUUUUUUAUCCGAAGUGGUCUGCUUAAUAGGCGGGAGAAGAGCAUCAUCGACAGAGAAUUAAAAACAGUUGAAUGGCAAAUACGGAGAAAAAAAGAUCAGCAGCAGUUAUCGAUGGGUACAGAUACGCCAAAGUAUACCGACGCUGCCUCUACUGAUAUACCUCGAGCUCCCUCGAAUCAGGCAAAUCGGACUGAAAUGAACCGAAAGGGGUCCUGGAAGGGCAUUCUCGAGUGGGAAGACAAAAGAGCAGAAACAACGCGUUUCGGGGUACCCGUGGAAGUAACCGGCGUCUCAGGGAUUCGCGAACAGGAAGUGGACUGCGAAAGAUGGCCCACGAAGCUUGUCAUGAACUUUUUUCCGGAAAAGCUCAUGGGAGUUUGCGACAUGGAGAAUACGAAAAGUAUCGAAUUAAUUGCGUCGCCUUGUCAAGCGCUGGACAGAAUGCGAAAGGCGAUGUCAAAUGACUACGCGGGAUGCGUUUAUUUACCGUCGACGUCUCCCGGUGUCAGCAACUUGUUAUUCUUGUAUUACGCGGGGAAUGGAUCAAGGUUUAUUGGAUUGAUACCUCAUGAUCAACGAGCCCACGAACAUCGACUGAUGGUCGGACUUCUGCAGCAACAGACUGCAUGCGUGGUUCGCAUGACGAGUACGGUUGGCUCCUUGAGCGUAGGACCUCCUAGUACGGGUACACUUCAGAACGGGAUCCCAAUGACUCCGUACGAGCCGAAAAAGAUUGAUCCAAUCACGCAAAUCACCAUUCCAAUCAACCGACUUUCAAUGCAAACGCAUGAGGCUGCACAACAACAACAAGAGGUGCAGAAAGAAUCUCAAGAGAAUUCAUCAGCGAACGAGACACGACCAUCCUUACUAGGUUGGUCCUUUAGCAUGAAUCCUGAAGACAGCGACACAUUCGUUAAAUGCGAAAUAUGCGAUGGAUACGGCAAGGAUUUGCAUCAUUUAAGAAACCAUUUGCUAUGGGCUCACAAUGUCAAAGUACAAACAACGAUGAUUCACACACCGCCGCUGUACUGCCACAGGUGCGCGUACAGAUUUUUCACAGAUAAGGGUCUAGAAAGACAUCUGCUCGGUACUCACGGACUCGUGACCACUAACAUGCAGGAAUGCGCAAACAGUGGCGAAGAUGCAGGCCUUUGUCCAGUUAAUAAUUGCCGAAAAGUCCACCAGAAGAAGCUGCUUGACCACGUGCGUAUCGAUCAUGGCAUGAUCCUGAAGCCUGCGCACUUGUUGUACAGGUGUACGAUGUGCACUACCACGUCGGCGACCUACGAAGAGUUCCUGAAACAUACGUAUUCGACACAUCCUAAUGUUUAGGCCUCACGCAGUGGAAAAGAAGAGCGCUUGGUCCUCUGGGUGUGUCGUAGAAUAAUAAAAUAGCAAUGAAUGCUAUUUCUUAUUAGAAUCCUGUUGCUGACGAAAGAUAUUCACCUCAAUUCCCUCAUACAUAAUCAUGUUCUAUGAAAUCAUUUUUAUAUUCUUCUCUCUAAUUACAUAUGAAAUCAAUAAAAUAAAUCGUAUAACUACGAUAAAUCAUCA